CAGGAAGUGAAUCUGUGGGAAUAGAAAAACGCUCCCUAGAAUGACAUAGAAGCGGGUGAGGUGGGGAGAAGGAGACCGUGGCACUAACCGAGGACUCGACACCUAUUUGCAUUCAUCCAGGUGUAAAACGACGUUAUCUCGGGAAGGCACAGAGAACCGGAGAAAAUGCUCAUUAAAGAAUUUCGAGUGAUCCUACCGAUUUCUGUGGAGGAGUAUCAGGUAGGGCAGCUGUACUCAGUAGCAGAAGCCAGUAAGAAAGAGACGGGAGGAGGAGAAGGUGUGGAGGUGUUGAAGAACGAACCCUAUGAGAAGGAUGGAGAGAAGGGACAGUACACACACAAAAUCUACCACCUGCAGAGUAAAGUCCCCUCAUUUGUGCGGAUGCUUGCACCGGCGUCAGCACUCAACAUUCACGAGAAAGCUUGGAACGCCUACCCAUACUGUCGCACAGUAAUCACGAACGAGUAUAUGAAAGAAAACUUCCUCAUCAAGAUUGAGACGUGGCAUAAGCCUGAUAUGGGACAGCAGGACAAUGUUCAUGGUUUAGACCCAGACACCUGGAAAAAGGUGGAUGUUGUGUACAUAGACAUUGCAGACCGGAGUCAGGUAGAGCUAAAGGACUAUAAACCAGAAGAAGACCCUACUAAGAUCAAGUCUGUAAAGACUGGGAGGGGGCCGCUCGGACCUGAUUGGAAGAAAGAGCUUCCUAAAAAGACAGACUGUCCACACAUGUGUGCCUAUAAACUGGUUACUGUUAAGUUCAAGUGGUGGGGCCUGCAAAACAAAGUGGAAAACUUCAUUCAAAAGCAAGAGAAGCGCUUGUUUACUAAUUUCCACCGGCAGCUGUUCUGCUGGAUUGAUAAAUGGAUCGAGCUAAACAUGGAGGACAUCCGUAGAAUGGAGGAGGAGACCAGGAAGGAGCUGGAUGAGAUGAGAGUGAAAGAUCCAGUGAAAGGGAUGGUGGCUCUUGAAGACUGAUGAUACUCUGUGGUGCUGGAUGCUGCCAUUCAUAAUGAUCAGACCUAAACUACUGGAGACCAGCAGCAGCAUUCCCCCCUCAAUCGAAGCAAAACACAUAUUUUUCACGUAAAGUGAUUCAUCCAGCCCUGUGUGACCUGUUCGUCCUGAGCAUUCCUCCUUUCCAAUGGAGCACAUUGACUAAUUCCACAGGCUGUUAAACCUGGUUAAAAGUUACGCCCAAUAUGCGAAGUCUCCCUAUGUAAAGCAAUACAGCCAGAGAAACUUUGUCAGAUCAUUACUCUAAUGUCUGGCAAACAAAUAGGUUUCACAAUGUUGAGUUCUGUAAAGCAGACAACAUUCGUGUGUACAUAUAUUCAGAAUAUCUAUUGGCAGUUGAGUUAUUGUGACAGGUGUACAAACAGGGUUUUUAAGUGAUUGUUCUUGAGUGUCUGUUUUUGCGGACCAAGUCGUUUAUGUGUUUCGUUUUAAUCUUGUAGUGAUUUGUUUUUGUUGCUGUACGGUUUCAUUUCAUUCUACCUUUUUUAUUUGUCGGGUCUUUUUAAUCUAUCAGCCUUUUAAGUGUGAAUCUUUACUAUGUGAAUUCGGUGGUCCCUGACCUCUGUUACAUGCAUUAUGAACUCAUUUUGACUGAAAGCUGCUCGGUCAUGUUAAAGCGGAGGUUCUCAACUCCAUCAAACAGUAUCAGACACAUGUCUUUGAAAUAAGCUGACGUUUAAAGUAUUCAUUGUUUGUUGAUCAAGUAUGUGUGCAUCAGUAUUAAUGAUGCAGGUCCUCUUUUGUGCUCCAUCAUUUCUGUUAUGUGUGAUAAUGUGCUAGUUUGGUUAAAGUCAGUUUAGAUUUUUUGUAUUAAAAGACAGGUUUAGCCUUUUUUUAGGUUUUUGAUUGGUUUACAUCACGACCAGGCUCCGCCCCUUUACGCAUUGGCUCGUUCACACGUUAAGGAACACCAAACCUUGUCGUCUUUCAGAAAACGUCUGUUUUUUGUGGCUGCCAGCACAGUGGUGCUCAAUGAAGGCAUUUUACACUGUUUGCAUAUUUUGAACCUAAAAUAGCCUAUCUUCCCAUUUUAAAACCCGUCAUGAGGAUAAACAAAAUAUCUGUCCAGAUAUUAGCAAUAAUACCUCCCUUCCAUUUCACCAACCCCUCAAAAUACCAAACGUUGAGCGAGAAUGUGACUUUAGGGUUAUAAAGUCCACCCCUUCUCAGAAUGUUGUGUCAAUAGGACACAGAUAGCCUAUACUGUAUACUCUCACUUCCAAUUGUUUUAGUUGUAUUAACAUUAAUUUUGUUGGAGGAACGACGAAAUGGGUCGCGUGUGGAUUUUUUCUCAGUCACGUGAUGUGCGUAUGGAUGUGCGUGAGUGUUUCUCAGUAGUGUUUCUUCUUUUUCCGUGAGGGAUAUUCGACACGAAUUCACAGAGACAGAGUUAAAUUUACUCAUGUUAAUGCAUGAGGUUAAAUUGAAGUAUUUGGAAGUAAAUGCAGGUUCUGUGGUGUAGAUCAUUCUGUUACAUUCUUCCUAUCAUUAACAUCUUUCAGCAAUACAGAACUGUGUUGGUCCUGAGUUUAAUCGGUGAUGUAUGGAUGUACUGUAUGUAUCGAAUUGUAUAUAGUAUAUAAAUAAAUGUAGAUGAACACAUAAAUAUAUAUAAUAAAUAUAAAACUUUAUUCAUAUAGUUCAGACUUUCCUGCCAGUCUAUUAGCACAGCCUCCCAUCAACCCAGCCACAGUAAUAUAGCGGGUCAGUAUUGGCUGGAUGUUGUCUGUGGGUGACUUUAUUUGUAAAAAAAGAUGGUCUUUGGUUCAUGAGAUGUACCAGUAAAUAAUGGUUUAAGGAAUUCUGCUGCCUCCUCUUGAUAAUAAACAACACUUAAAGUGAGAUGUCAAUGAUGAACCCUCAGAUAUUUUCCGCCCAUCACUGUCGCUAGUCCCGCCCUUAAUUCUUGAUCGCUCCUUUUUGGCAGGAUGGUGUCUAUGUUUUCAUCCAUUGAUUGUUGUGGUAUUUUUGCUGUGAGCUGUAGAAAUAUGUCACUUUUAAAUUCCUUUCCAACAUGACACUGUGAGCAAAGCCACGUUUAUGAUCUUUCAAAGCCCUUUUCAGGGUUCUGGUUUAGAGAUGAGCUUAUGCUCAUAUCUGAGAUCGGUGGGAAAUUCCUUUCUCCCAAAAAGAGAUUUGGACACAUGAAACUUGUCUUAAACCUUAUGUUUAAGUGGCAUCAUCAUCCACAUAAACGGCUCAGUUUGUGUUACAUUAGAUCACGGUAAACAGGACUUUGUCAUAAAUAUGUUGUUGUUAGAUUUCACGAUUUGUUGUCAGAAUUAAAAAUCCAAUGAUUCCAAAAAUACGAAAUAAAUCUAUUUAUGAAUUUAUGAUUUCCCUCACCCUUCUGUCAUGUCAUCUGUUUUUUAUUUCUUUUAAUGUGAAUUUGUGCCUUUUGUCAUCUUAUCUUCCAAUAAAAGUACAUUGGAGAUUUCUUUUUUCAUUGGAGAAA